AUGUCUCGUAUUCCCACUACUGAUGCGUUGAGUAGGAGAGGUAUAGAUAUCGGCGACGGGUUGUGUCCCUUGUGUAGUUCCGAGGAAGAGUCUACUGAUCAUCUCCUCACCUCAUGUGUCGUGGCUGUUAUAUUGUGGCAGAAAAUUAGUCUUUGGUGUCGGAUUCCGCCCAUCUUCGCGUUUUCUAUCAAAGAUUUGCUAGAGAUUCACAAAACGGGUAAUCUUAAAGGCGGGGAGAGGGAGGCCCUGCACGGUAUCAUCACUGUUGCGUGUUGGUGUUUGUGGCUGGCUCGGAACAAGGUGAAGUUCUCGGCUUCCGAAAUCAAGGUGGAUAGCGUCUUUAGCGAUGUUAAAUCUCUGGGUUAUUUAUGGUUUAAAAAUAGAUAUAAGUGCAAACCUAUUUCGUAG